AUGAGGACCAAGUUUUGGAAACUGAUUGCACAGAUCCUUCUCUUAGGAGUGUUGCUAUCUGUGGUGGACAGUAAAGGAACUUUCUAUGGGGGCCCAGUAAAUCCUUUUUAUGGAAACAGAUACAACCUGUACAAGGCUGGACUCAACCCUCACCAUUCACCAAACAAGCCCAUGACCCGUCACAAAAACCACUGUGCCUUUGUGGUCCAGAAGAACAUCACAUGCAUCAUGCAGGACGGAGUGGCUACCUUUGUGAAGGCUGAGUACACCACCAAGUGCAUCUGGGGUCAGAAGUGUCCUGUUGUCAUGUACAGAACAUUCUACAAGCCAAAGUAUAAGGUGGGUUACAAGACAGUAACAGAGCUGGAGUGGAGGUGUUGUCCCGGAUACUCUGGAGAAAACUGCUAUGAUGGUCCAACAUCUCUGCCUGAUGUCAUGCCACCUUUCAAGGGUCAGGGUUUGCCCCAUCGCCCGGGGGUGAAGGGCUUCCCCCAUGGCCCCAGACCCCCUGUGGACCACAGACCCGGGGGAGGCCAGCUGGAGCCUGGCAGACCUAUCCCCAGCGUACCCGACCAAAGACCUAUCCCCACAGGACAGCUGCCCUCUGGGAAUGGAAAGCCAAACUAUGGAAACAGAUUUGGGAUUUCAGGAGUGACAGGAGAACGUUUAGACCGCAUGGAGGAUGAUCUGCGUCGCCUCACGCAAGGUCUGGACACUCUCAAUGGGGUUGUCGCAGGCCUGGAGGAGCGUCUGCGCACAUCUCUCCGGGAAGACACCAACAAGAUCCUGGUGUCUUUGAUACCAAAUGGUCCUCGUGUUCCUGACUCUACAGUGGGAUUUGGGGUGAUCCCUGAUGGGACUCUUGAUGGAGUGGAAGGAGGAGAAAGUUUCACUGGUAUAGGAGACUUGGCAGGAAGAGUUACAGAAGUGAGAGAUGAGCUGCGGGCUAAAACUCACAUCUUAGAAGAGAUUAAGGGGAUGGUGAUAGGUCAUGAUGGCCAGCUGAAGAAGCUGAUAGAUGGAGCAAGAGGCAAGCCCAUCCCUGGCCCUGGCUCCACAACUCUUAUAGAUGAGAUCCUGGAUGCUAGGUUAGCUGAUGUGCGGGCUGAGAUCCUGGAUGGCUUUGAGCGCCGGCUAACUGGCCUUGAGAGCCACUGUGACUCUAAGAUUGGGGAGGUACAGAAGCAAUGCCACAAGGAGCACAUGGACGGCCAGGAGCACAUGCAACAGUCUUUGGAUGGAAGGGAGACUGGGCUCAGGGAGGAGUUGGGCACUUUGCAGGCUCAGAUCCAGGGCCUAACUCUGACUGAGAGCUGCUGUGGACAGGUGAACAGUCUGUCUCAUCGUGUUCUGCUGCUGGAGGAGUCAGUAAAAGAUCUGACAGAAUCUCAGAGGCUGCUCCAGACGGCCCUCACUGACCAGACCAUACAUGUGGAGACUCGCAUGGUGGAAAUAGAGAGCCACUUCAAUGUCACAGAGGGGGGUUCUGAUGGAGUAGCGGGGCUCCCUGGUGGUCUGGAUGGUUUUAAGACCAUGCUGGAGGACAAGCUGAAGACCCUGGAGGAGAGAGUGUUUGUGGCAGUGGAGGAGCUGAGUAACGCUACUGCCCCAGCUCUCCUGGAGGGUCAGGUGGUACCGGCUCUGGAGACAGAAAUUGAGUCUGUAAGAAGGAGACUGGAGGGGGACCUUGGGGGCAUUCAGAAACAGUUAAUAGACUUGGAGCUCCUCUGCACCUCUUCCUGCUCACCCUCCACCCCACCAGCAGGGGGUAUCACUGUCCCUGUAGAUGAAGAGGACUGUGAGGAAAUGGAGAAGAAGAUGACUGACAGACUGAACUCCCAUUCUAAACAGCUGGCUGGCUUAAACAACACCCUAAACAGCCUGCUAUUCCACAUUGCGCAAGAGGAGGAAGAGGGCACCGUCCAGGGAGAGAUCACCCUGCUCAAGAUCAACAUAAACUCUGUAAACCGCACCCUGAAGGGCCUCAAGGACUCUAUUAGCGUCAUUGCAGGUGAAGUAGGCCAUGCUAACUCUACCUGGGAGCAGAGGGAACACCAGCUAAUCAACCAGGUUCAAGGAAUCACCAAACUAGUGGGCCACCAAGCGUCCCUGCUGGGUGCUGGGGAGAGGCGGCUUGCCCAGCUGAAGGCAGAGCUGGUGUCCUUGAAGACACGGCUGUCUGGGGAGCUGCAGGGCUGCAAGAGCACUGCCAUAGAAGUCCAAAAGGAGGUGAAGGAGGUCGACAGCAGGGUGAGCCAGGUGGAGGGCCAGUGCAGCAGCCUGGGAGAACUGGCAGAGCACCUUGAAAGGAUCAGGGCUGAGCUGGAGAGACACUCGGACACCUACUUGGCCCAGGCGAAUGGCACCAUGGAUGUCCAUUCACAACAGCUAGCCAAGCUGCAAGGAGAGGUCAAGAACAAUGCAGGCAGGGGAGCAGCCAACCAAAAAGGAGACCAGUAGCAUCCUUGUUACGGUUGUUUUUUUUUUGUUGUUUUUUUUAAAAAGAGACUCAUGAUUGCUUCUCAUCAGACCCAUGUGACUUCCUCUGCUUCUCUCCUCUCUCUUUCAAAUCCUAUCCCCACAGAUGCAAAUGAACUGAACCAGUUAAAGUCAUUUCCCAUAAGCUCCCUACCCCAGUGCCUCCAGAUGUCCUGGGUAUUUAGUUCAGUUCAGUGAGGAGAGAAAAACACAGAAUACAAAGACACACCUUUGGUUGUAUAGCUGGGCAAUAUUUUCCCAUGAGGUUUUAUUUUAUAGGGCAUUUUUUUCUUUGAUCAUGAUUGUUAUGUUCUGACAUUUUACCCUGUUUUAACUUAUAUGAAGUGACUUCAUUGCUAUGAUGUUAGACUGUGUGUAAUAGAGCAAUGAUAACGAAACAAAGUGGAUGAAAUGGGACUAAUGCGCUGCUACGGGUUUCUACUGACAAGCACACUUGACAUCCCUUUGUGUGGACUCUUGUCUGGUCUUUUUGAACAAAUACUGUACAUCAUCUUGGUGCUAUUUACAUUUUUUGUAAACUUCAAUGUUAAACAUGUUUAAAAACGAUAUUGUCUGCAUUGACAGCUGUGUUUAUUUCCUGAUGCAUUGAUCCAGGUUGCAGAGUAGUUCCUAAAGUCACCAUCAGGGGACAGUGACAACACAUUACAAGGAUUGGUUGAAGGAAAGAAAUAAACCCUGAAACACUCCAGGAUGAUGGUGUCUUAUAGGCACACAUUAAGAAAUGUAGGCCAUCUUUUAAAAUGUGUGUGGGUGGUUUAUUCUAAAAAUGACAAUUCAUAAAAUUUAAUUCAAUCCAUCUCCGUCUCUGCAAGAGGAAUUGUAAUU